AUGGGGUCGCAUCCCCUCCUCGUCACCGUGCGCUUCUCCACCUCCAUCCCCGACAUCGACCUCGACAUCCCCCACCCGCACACCACCACCGUCCUCGCCCUCAAGCACCUCCUGCGCACGCGCCUCGCCACCCGCUCCCGCCUCCGCCUCAUCCACCAGGGCCGCAUCCUCCCCGACCCUGCGGCCCUCAGCGCCGUCCUCAAACUCCCCGCAGCACCGCCGCCGCCGCCGUCACCACCACCACCCCCUUCCGCCAAGGGCAAGGGCAAGGCCGUGGCCGGCCGCCCCCCCCCCGCGCGAACAUACCUCAACUGCUCCAUCGGCGACGACCUCUCGCCGCGGGAGCUCAUCGACGAGCAGGCCUCGGCGGCGCGACCGCCCUCCGCCGCGCCCGCCGAGCCCGCCGCCGCCGCCGCGAAUCGCCGCCGCCCGCGCGCGCGCUCCCGCCCAAGGGGCUUCGACCGCCUCCUGCAGGCGGGCUUCUCCGCGUCCGAGAUCGCCACCCUGCGCGCGCAGUUCGCCUCCAUCCAGACCGAGCGGUUCGCCCCGGACGCCGCGCCGUCGCCCGACGCCCUGCGCGGCCUGGAGGACGAGUGGAUCGACACCAACGCCGGCGAGCUGCCCUCGGCGCCGGCGAACCCGCUCGACGACGUGGGCAACAUGUCGAGCGUGCUGGACGUGCUCAUCCGGGGCAUGAUGGUCGGCUUCUUCUUCCCGCUCGGCAGCCUGACCUGGUUGCUGAGGCAGGGCGUCUGGAGCGACAAGUGGCAGAUCUUUGUGAGCUCCGGCAUCGUCCUGAGCAUCACCGUGGGCGUAGUCAUGGGCAUGUCGGGGGAGCGAUGA